UUUGAAAUUGCUCUUAGUUUAAGUUGAAACUAAUAUAUUUUCUACCUUGUUAUUAGAUUUGACGGGAUAGUCGAAGCACAUAAUGCAUCGUCAUCCGAUGGCUGAGAUGCGACCUUCUGCCAGUGAUCAGGUCUCAUGGUCUCCAAACGUUCAGGCCGGUGUUUGGUGUGAGAAAUGCAACAAUCGACUUGUAGAACUAAAGCGGCAAGUCCUUCGUAUGAUUCUUCCAGAAAUACAAAGUUUUUUUCAUAGUGGUACAACUCCAAACACUGGCUCCUUGUCGUCACGAAUUUUUAACCAAAUCCGUCUUCCCGAGUCACAUCUGAAGUCAUGGCACGCGGAUCAAUGUCAAGUGUGCUCAACGCAUUUAAACCAACUGAAAUGGGAAGCGGUUUCUAUGGUUCAUACUUUAGAAGAAUCGCAAUUCCUUGCUUAUUAUAACAUACCGGGUUAUGUAGUUGGGCCAAAGGCUGACCAAGUAUUGAGAAGGCUAGAAAAACAAAAAAAAAAACCAAUUACUGGUGAACAAGUAGUAGAACGAGGGCUUGUGUAA